CCUUCUGUGUCUAGUGUGUGUAUCAUGUAAUAUAGUGAAACACUUGCGAGUGGUAGUGUAGAAGAAUUCCGUCCGGUUUGUGUUCAGUUUUAAUUGAAUUUUUGUGUAUUUAAUUUAAUUAUUUUAUUAAUAUUUUUCUUAUUGUGUACAUAUUUUUUAUUGUAAUUGUUCAAAAAAAUUAACCUAGUGAAUCAUGUUUCGGUAUGAGUGUCAUUGGAUUUUGGACGAUCUUUUACGUACAAUUAUAUUCGCGGUGGCAACGUUUAUACACAAAGGACAUCAAAGGAACGUUUGAGUAGAGUGCUUUAUCGAAAUGCCUGUAACAAAAGUAACAAGGAGCUUGAUAAAGAUAGCUCCUUAUCUUUUGGUAUGAUGAACAAUAACCUACUUAUUGACACCGCCAGACCUAAAGUUUUACUGGGAGAAGAGUCUGAGCGAAACUCUAAAGAUAAGCUCUGUGCGGGUCAAAAGUAUCUUUAUAAUAUAAGUGAUAAUAAAUGUUUAAAAUGCAGAAAAAUACUAUCAAGUUCAAAAAACUGUUCUUGCAACAUUCAAGAUUAUGGUGGUCAUGGUUCUCGCCACGAUUACGAACCAGCUGAUGGUGACAGUGGGGAUCAUGGUUCAUUAUCUCCUAAUGAUGCCCCAAAUUCUUCUGGGCCCAUGUCAUGGGCUCGAAAUUUAGAUAGUUUAUUAGCUGACCCUGACGGUGUAAAUCUCUUUAGACAACAUUUAAAGCUUGAAGAAGAAGCUGGACAGGGUCAGCAAUGUAGCAAAGUGCUUGAAUUUUGGUUGGCAUGCCAAGGAUUAUAUGGUCAUACUGAUCAAAAAGCUGAUAAACUACGUUCUAUAAUUUAUAAAAAGCUUUUUUUGAAAGCAGAUUUAGGUGUUAAUGAACAGUGCAGAAUGCGUGUCAUGCAGAGAGUAAAAAAUUCAAUGGCAACUAAAACUCCUCUUCCUAAACAUCUUUUUGAUGAAGCUCUUGUUCAAGUAGAAACAUUUUUAAAUGAUACACUCUACCCAGCAUUUCUACAAUCUGAAACUUAUAUUUCUUAUAUCCGUUCAUUAGAUUGUGGCAUAAACUUUUAUGAUGGAAAAGUAAUUAACCACAUACCUGACACGGAAGAAAAAGUUAUACCUACUAGAUAUCGAGCUCCACCAGAACGAAAUCAACCAUUGAUGACCCUCAAAGAAGAUGCUGAGUUAUCUAAUCAAGACCUUAAAUCAAAAGAUUUUCCUAUGAAAUUAACCCAAUCUCUUUUACACAUGUCACAAAAACAACGCUCUCACUUAGAAAAAGGAGAAUUUCUGCAAAGAGCAAAGACUUCCAAAAUGGGCAUCUAUAAUCCAAAUCCCAGUACUCCCUAUCAUCAAUCUUGGUGGGGUACUAAACCCAGAGCAACGCAUGUGUCUUAUAAUCCAACUUCAGCUCAGGAUAGUGAUUUGGCAAGUUUAAGUGAAGCAUCAGUAUCAACUGAUUGUUUAAGAAGGCAAUUAGCUGAGUUAAGAGAUCCAAAAACAAUAGCAAAAAAAAGUGCUCAGUUAGAAAUGAAAGAGGUACAAAAGUAUGCACGCAAAAACGUUGAAAGUUCAAUGACAACUGCUAUUAUACCUCGAACAAUGAGAGAACCGCAAUGCAUUACUCCAGCAAUGGAACCUAAAAAAUUUGCUUCUAUCUUAAGUGAAAAGCUUGAAAAAAUAAAACAGGAGCGUGAUAUUGAAGAAAAAUGGGAUAGUAAAUUGGUUAAAAAUCUCUCUGAGCUUAAAUUUGACAGUGAAUCAGGCAAGAUAGAUGACCCUAAAAUGUUGGAUGAAAUAUUUAGAGCAUCAUUAAAAUUACCUGAAGGCAGUGAUGAUGAAAUAUUAGAUCAACAUGUACAAAAGUAUUUCAAAUCUCCACCAAAAUCACCUGAACAGUCAUUGCACAAGCGACAAAUGUUAGGAAAAGUUAACCGACCUGUUUUACAGUUAGCUAGUAGUUAUUUAGCAGCAGCUAAUCCUAAUAUGUCCAAACGGAAAGAUAAAGAUAACCGAUUGUCUGGUUAUGAUAGUGGUAACUACACUGACUUUACAACCGACAGUUCAGAACUAGGUCGCCAUCUUCCAAAGAGUAGAUCUAUCCCAGAUUACCAAAAUUCUCUUUCUAAUACUGAAUUUAGAAUUUCAAGUCUUGGACGACAUACUUGGGGCAGUCGACGUACAAUGACAGAUAGUGGUAUAAGUGUAGUAUCAGGUCAAUCUCAAAUGCCAACUAAUGUGAAUAAGAUGAAAGAAGACAGGUCUACUAACCGAUGCAUGAUCUGGCUUCAAGAAAGUCCAAUGUGUGCUGGUGAUGCAUUAGCUGAUCCAGGCCCAGCAUUUAGUUGGUGUGCAGCUUCCACUAACUCCAUGACUACAAAGUCUGCUUCUCAUGAUUGUGGAAAUGUAGAAUGUGGAAGUAGUGGUUCCUGGACAAAUCAUAUGCCUAGACAGCCUUUUGUUGCUGAUCCUAAUAUGCCUCCUCCACCUUUUCCUAAUACAGAUAAUCAGUUAAUAGAAGCAGGUCGUAGGCUUAAUGAUCAGAUAGUGAAGAAAAAUCACAAACAAAGAACUUCUUCUUCGUCAUCUGGUCGUGGUUUGUUCUCAGAAGAAACUACUGUACCACCAACUUCAUGCACAGCUCCUUCAUCCACUACUGUUGUAUAUAAUUUUAACGAUGAAGAAUUCCCAUUUAGAAAAAAAAUUGUUGGUCAUCCAAUCACUCUUAAGCAAUUUAUUGAGUGUAUGCCUAAAAAAGGACAUUAUAGGUAUUAUUUUACUACUGAAUUUGACGAAUCACCUGGUACUGGAAUUCAAGAAGAAAUCACAGAUGACAAUCAAAUUUUACCAUUAUGGAAAGGUAAAGUGAUGGCUAGCUUGAGACUUAUUGACUGAACAAUAAUAUAGAUUUUAUUUAUUAUGUAUAUUUUUUUAAUACUUAUUAUAAGAAAAUGUGACUUGUAUACUGUAUAAAUUUAUUUGUAACUAUUAAUUAUUGUUUUUUUAAUACCUUCUGACUGAAUUUGUUCUAAGGUAAAAAUAUAUGUUUAAAUAUUGAUGUGUAAAUCAGUGCCUUAGUUGUAUUAACUACAAACACAAAAAUGUUGAUAACUUUUGUAAACGAACAAUAAUUGUGUGACAUUAAGGAAAAAAAAGACUUAUUGUUUUGUAAUUGAAAAUAAAACAACUUUGUUUUUUUUUUAUUACCAUAAUUACAUAUAUUAAAAAAAUUGUAAAGAUUUGAUAUAAAUUUUUUUAAAUUUAUGUACUUGUAUUAACAUUCUGCAGUUUAUGUGUCAUUUUAACACUUAUAAGAAAGUUUUCGCAAACUA